AUGACCAGGAAGGCCGAUCACGGGUCCCAGAAUCACAAGUGCGGCAUGGCGGUGAGUCGGCGCGAGGCGCCCGAGCCGCAGCCGGUGGUGGUGGUACGCACAAAUACGGAGGCCAGCGCAGAGCGCCCCCCGGACGACGACCUGGCAUCGUUUGAGGACGUGAAGGGCGCGCUGUACCGGCGCAAGGAUUUUUUGACCACGGACGAGGCGGCCAAGAGCCACCCAAACCGCGCCUACUACUACCGCAAGACGCAGGACGUGGAGCGCUUGCUGCAGGUCUGCUCCGCCAAACUGGCGCAAGACCCCUCAAACACGCGCGCGCUCUUUAUCCGCGCAUCGGCAUACGCCAAAAAGGGCGACGUUCAGGCAGCGGCAGCGGACUAUACUCGGAUCUUGCAAAGAGAUGCGACAAACGAGGAUGCGCUGUUUCAGAGGGGGACGCUGUAUGAGAAGGCGGGGUCCCUGGAUGAUGCGAUAGCAGACUUUACGCGCGUGCUGGAGCUGAACCGGGGGCAUAAGAAGGCGGCGCUGCAGCGCGCGGCAUGCCAAAACCUGAAGGGGAACCUAGGCAACCUGGAGCUGGCCAUCACCGACUACGAGCUGGCGCUGCAGGGGGACGACAGCAAGGCGGGGUUUGCGUUGGGCGGCAGAGGUGGGGGGCGGGACGGCACCGCUCCGGGAUGGGCCAGCAGCCAGGGCAUCCGUGGCAGCGCAAUGGAACCCCAGAGAAGCAGUGCAGUACCGCCCAACGGAGUUGUUCCAGACCUCUCGAGAAGCGACUCCAAGGCCUCGGACACCUCUCUGCAACAGAUCUCGAGAAACGGCUCCGAGUCCUCGGAAACCCCUCUGAGAGAGUCCUCGAGGAACGGAUCUGCGGCAUCGGACUCGUCAUUUGCAGGAGUGGUGCCGCAGCGUUCCCGGUCGCGCUCACCGUCUCCUCCAAUCACAGAGUCGUCAGACGAGCGGGUCGGACUUCCACGCAGCACGCACGGGCGUCUGGGCGAGGAAGGGCCAGCGUCUCCCUCAAGAGCGGAGCAGUCUUCCCCACAGGUAAUCAGCAGGGGCAAGGAGGCCAAGGAACACAAGGGUACAAUCAGGAAAGCGGGGAAGGCCGUCUCUGGGGGAGGCGCCGUUGAGGCUCACGAAGGGGACGGUGCCUCGACAUCCGAGGCAGGGGCAACGGAGGCGGAGCAGCGCGGCAAAGACGGGGCGGGGCCGUCGGCGCAGCCCAACACGGCAGACUACUACCACGCCCGGGGGUUUGCGCACCGCAAGUCCGGCAAUUUUAAAGCCGCCAUCGAAGACUACUCCAAGGCCAUCGAGCUGGACCCCCGGCACUUCAAGGCGUUGUUCAACCGGGGCUUCUCGUAUGACAAGGUGGGCCACUUUGAGGCCGCCAUUCGAGAUUACACGCGCGCGCUGGAGGUGCUGCCCAACAACGGGUACGCCUACUACAACCGGGGGAUCACGCUGGACCGACAGGGCAAGUACGCGGAGGCGAUAGAGGACUUUACCCGGGCCAUCAAGCUGGACCCUCAGAACGCGGACUUCUACCACAACAGGGGGUUUUCGUUCCGCAAGCUGGGCCGCUUCCAGGACGCGAUCGUGGACUACAGCCGCGCCAUCGCGCUGAACCCGAGCCACUGCCGCGCGUACUACAACCGCGCCUUCAGCCACGACCGCUCCAAGAGCUACGCGGCCGCCAUCGCGGACUACACCCAGGCGCUGGCGCUGGAGCCCAACAACGCGACGGCGUAUCACAACCGGGGCUCGCUGUACGAGCGCGUGGGGCGGCUGCCGGACGCGCUCGCGGACUUCACGCGGGCCAUCGAGAUCGACCCGGAGGGCGCGCUGUCGUGGAACGCGCGCGGUCUGUUGCAAGAGCGGCUGGGCCGGCCCGAGGACGCGGCCAAGGACUUCGACACCGCCGUCACACUGGAGCCCGGCAACGCGACGUUCCUGAAGAACCGCGGGCUGUGCUUGCGCAACCUGCGGCAGUUCGAGGCGGCGGUGCGCGACUUCGACGCCGUGCUCAAGCAGCUGCCCGCCGACUUCGUCACGCUCAGCAACCGGGGCUACACGCACCGCAAGAUGGGCAACUUCGGGCAGGCCAUCAAGGACUACACGGCGGCCAUCGGCGCGAGCCCUGCCAACGUGCGGCUGUACACCAACCGCGCCUACUGCCUGGCCAAAGUGGCGCUCUACGAGGAGGCCGUCGCGGACUACGACCGGGUGGUGCAGCUGGAGCCGGGGAACACGCACGCGCUGCACAACCGGGGCAUCAGCUUCGACAAGAUGGGCGACUUCGAGCGGGCGAUCCAGGAUUUCACCGCAGUGCUGGCCCUAGACCCCGGCAACGCCAACGCGUUCUUCAACCGGGGCUCGGCAUACGACAGCCUCGGCGACUUCGACCGCGCCAUCGCGGACUACACGCGCGCGCUCGAGAUGGACAUGGCGCACAGCGGCGAUGCCAAGUCAAGUGCAGACAUCUCUGCGGCGGCAGCGGCGGCGUUGGAAAGGCAACGGAAGCGGCACCAAUGACGUCCGAAUACUUCCCCCCAUUUGUAGCAGAAAGGGCUUUAGCCCGCCGCGUUGACACUCUGCAAUUCGGGCAAAGCCAGCUGAAGCACCGGAGCGUGCCCGAGUGCAGCUAGUGACAGCUGUCGUCUGUGGCGUAGAUUCGUCCUGUUGCGCUCUGUUCAAAAGCAUACAAGGUCCUUUUAGGGGCCUGGCACCGGAUACCAAUCAUUUCGGGAAGGCUGUCGGGCGUGGCCAACAGCUAUAUAUAAAUAAUUAUAUGCCGUAACGCCUUAACAGCUAUAUCGCAGUCCAAGGUUGCGCGCGGUCUCAAGCGGCCUGCAAAACUUGAAUUACACACAUGGCAUCAUCAGCAAGCUUGUGCUUAACCUGCAUGCUUUAAGGGGAGACAGCCGCUGAAUAACUCUUAAACGGCAGCUUAUAAGACUCAAUUAAGGGGUGCAUACAUCGGCUGGGUUAUUUGGGGUAGUGCAUACAUUGGCUGGGUUAUCUGGGGUAGUGCCAGUCGAUCACGCCAACCUGGAAGCGGUAAUGCUCGGUACCUUCAGGCGCCAACAAUGAAGGGCUGGCCAGCUAGACAUUUAUACCAAAUUUCCGCGAGCCUGUGUACAACGAACUGGUCGCCGUUUACUUAGGUCUGAGAACAUACAGCUAGGUGCAUCGGUCUGCGCCCCACCCAUGGUAUAGCGUUUUCAUUCAUGUCACACG